AUGAGCAGACUCCAAGUGCCUCAAUGGGUCAAAUCGGUGUUUGAUACCUUUCCCCUAAGUACAUACGAGGCUACUCCACUCGGUGACCAUUCAGAUAUUGAAAAAAGUCGCUUCUAUUUCAUUUCAGAUGACCCCGAAAAAGCACCCGAUCACAACUUUAUUCUUGGAGUCGAUGGAGUUAUCGGCGUAAAUCUGAAGAUAAUUCCUUCCACACCGGUAGCUCUAGCACAUUCUCUCAUACUUUGCUAUAAAAAUGGUCUAAAAUUGCCACGAGAAAACUCAAAGUCCAAAACUUCACCACAUUCAAUACUCAGCUUGUCAUACCUUGCCGCCUCCAAUAAUGAACUUCCCAUAAUAAUCGAAACCAACGAAAGAACCCAGGUUCGUAAUACCAUACCAAAGAAAGGAUUACUCGCAUCCAUAGUGACCAACAAUAAUUUUGAAUCCGAUCCAAAAGCGAAAUUAAUCAAUAGUAUGGUGGACUCAUGUAUUCAAGAUUUGUGGAUUUUAACAUUGAUUUGCGACCCUCAAGGAAAGAAUAAGUAUGAAAGAAUCUUCAAUUGGAACGCUGGUGCCAAAAAAUCUGGAAAUAUGACAUUUUUGCAGACUUUGGCCGUACAAGAAGAAAUACCAGAGUGGAACGAUAUCCGAACUCGAAACCCAAAUUUGUUUCCUGGUAAAAUUUGGAAUGCACUAGAUCAGGAAGCAUUACAAAUCGUCUACCAAGACAAGUUGAAGCAAUUUGAGCAGGAAUUACCGCUUCUCAUAGAAUAUGCCACUGGCCAUGAUCCAUUAACGAAGAUUAUAAGUUUCAAACUAGUUGCCUUGGCAAUACUAGCAAAUGAGAUUUUACCGGAAACCGGCCUUGCAAACUUGGUGCAACAGCACCAAAACUUUGUAACACAAUGCUACAACAUCAUUGAUGAGUAUUAG